AGACGCGGCAUUUCGAGCACAGUACCAAUAGAAACGUCUUACAAGUCCGAGCCGAUUUACAAUAACGCAAUAUAACGGCACAUAUAACGCGUGAUUCGGAUUACAAAAGUUUUUAUUUUUCGCAUACCAAGACCAUAGAAAUUCAGCCGAGGAUACACAAGGAUAAAGCAUCAAACUGGAGGAACAAAACGAGCCACCGCAAUAUCUAAAUGAGCAAUUCUUCAAGACCGCCUUGGAGGAUGGGCUGCGUGAUAUGCGCGUGGAUAUAAAGAAAAUCAUAUUCGCGGAAUCGAAUGGCGGUGGCGAGAAUUAUUGUAGUAAAAUAUAUCGUGCGAAAGCCUUGUACCGCAGCAGUAAGCGCCAGUUGGAUGAAGAGUUGGCGUUGAUUGUGAAAAGUAUAGCCAUAACACCGGCUACAAAGUUUCUGGAAGAGUUGGCUGUGUAUUUGCGCGAGAAGAUUUUCUACUUCGAUGUUCUUGGUCGGUUGGAGGUGCUCAUUGGUGACGGUGCGAAAUUCGGGCCGAGAUGCUUUUACACGACAAGAGAACCCAUACAGACGAUUGUUUUCGAUGACCUCACGCAAUAUGGAUAUAAAUUGGCCAGUCGCCAAAAUGGACUCGAUGAGGAGCACUGCAUGGUCAUAUUGCAAAAGUUAGGCAAAUUUCAUGCAACUUCGAUGGUACUGAUGGAGAAGGAUCCUACUGUACGAGAACACUUCACAUCCGGCAUGUUGGACGAGCACUACAUACGCACUAACGAACGUUUCAUCGAUUUUAUGACGCUUCAGCUGCGCACACUCGCCGAUGUAGUUGCCAAAUGGCCCGGUUAUGAGUCGAUUGCCAUGAAACUGCAUCGUCACUGCGAUAAUAUAAAAGAAAACUUGGUAAUAACCGGGCAGCCCAAACCAGGCGAAAUAACGGUGUUAAAUCAUGGAGAUUUGUGGGUUAAUAACUUCAUGUACAAAUACGAUGCGGAGAAGCCGACUAAUCCCAUCGAUGCGAUAUUUCUCGAUUUCCAAAAUAGUUUUUUCGGCAGUCCCGGCUGUGAUAUAAACUUCUUCCUGAACAGCAGCGUACAGCUGGAUGUGUUGGUGAAUCGUCGUGAUUUCCUGGUGCGCACCUACUACGAGGCAUUGCGCAAGUCACUCGAGCACAUGCAUUACGCCCACGUACCCACGCUGCAUGACAUUGAAAUGGAGAUUCGAGCACGUGAAUUGUAUGGCUUCUUCUCCUCGUAUGCCUUCCUGCCUAUGGUCGCAAUGCGUAAAGAGGACUCUUAUGAUAACAGUAUCGAAGCGAUGACCAAUCAGGAAUUCGCUCGCAAGAAAGUGCAGCUGAUGUUCUCCUCCAAUCCACGCACCACGGAUACGUUGCGCUUUGCUCUUCGACGUUUCGAUGAGUUGGGUAUUUUUGAUUGAGACGAUGCAGUUGCUGGUGCGCUGGAGAGCUAGUUUCAUUUCAUUUUAUUCGUUGUUGCUUUCAUUCUUUUCAUUAAUUAUCUGUAUUGUUUAGUUGUAGGCUACAAUGUAACGCUUUAUUUUAUAGUUUAAUGAAAAAAUAUACGUAAGUGCAGUGUUACAACUGUUGAGGUUGUUUAAAAGCUA